UGAAUCUUCCUCUUCCUCUCUCGCGCCAUCUCGCUUCGUGAUAACACACCAACCUCCCUUCCAUUCCAAUUCCGUGUUCUCGCUUUCGCUGACAUUGCAUCCAUCUUGUGGAUUUUUUUUUGAUACUUGCGAUCGCAGUUCCACGAACAAAGUUACUUCCUUCACUUUUCAGAACCUUCCAUUCCUUUUUUUUUCUUUUCCACCAUGUCAGCGCCGAUCGAAAUCAACGAUCAGAAUCGCAUCAGCGAAAUUGUGCGGCCCCCGGCGUCCCCGCCGUUCUGGAAGAAGCAGGCAUUCCCUUCCAAGCACUGGUCCGAGUCCACCGACGCUGCUGGUCGUCGCUACUACAUCGACCAUGCCCACCGUAUCACAUCCUGGAUUGAUCCUCGCGAUCACCCCGACCACCCUCGCCGCCCCAACGACCUUCCCUACGGCUGGGACUUUGCCGAGGAUCCCGACGUUGGCAUUUACUUCAUUGAUCACCUGAGCAAGCGCAACACGCUCGACGACCCCCGCAUGACACAAGAGUAUCAACUCCGACAGGAGCAUUUUGCCAAGCUUCUCCAGGAGGAGCGAGCCAACUUGGAGGAGCGUCGUCGUCUCCUUGCUGUCCAGCAAGAGGAGGUGCGCGCUGCCGAGGCGCUUUUGCAAAAGGAGAUUCAACGCAAGGCUCUGCUCGAGGAGGCCAUCCGAAAGGGCAAGGACAUGGGCACGGACACUUCCGAUUUGGAAGCCGAUCUGGCCCAGCUCAACGCUCGCAUCCAGCUUGGUCAACGCGCGCUCGCUGCCGUCAAGGACGCACACUCCAACAUGGGAGAGGCCGUCGCCGAGUCUGAGCAGACCUACAAGGAUCUCCAGGCUCUCGAGGCAUCCCUCAGCGUCUCGGCCGCCGACGAGCUCGAAGCCGCUCGCAAGGUCCAAACGGAAAUCAACGACUCGCGCGCACAGUACGAGGCCGACCGCGCCGUUCGUGUCGCGCUUGAAGAUCAGGUCCGCACUCUGUCUGUUGCCGGUGGCGAGGCGCUGCACGCCUUGCUCGACGAGAACAGCGAAGCGCACGCCGCCAACGGCAACGGCCUCGUUGGUGCUACUGCCGGCUCGACCCACACUGGCAGCGCCACUCUUGUCAACGCCGGCUCCGCCGCCGAGGGCGAGCAGCGAAGCGAAACCGAGUCGCGCACGCGCCUCGAGCUUGGUCUGGAGCUCAUGACCAUGCGCAAGAUGAUUGCCGAGCAACGCAAGGACAUUGACGAGCUCAGGCAAAUCAAGGCUCUGCUCGAGGCCGAGGAUGGUGCUUCGCGCUUGGCCAACCUCGCCGCCUCCCUCGAGGCCCAGGCUGCUGCCAAGGACGAGGAGGAUGCUCAGAUGGUCUCCAUGAUGGCCAACUCGAGCGACCUCACCGCAGUUUCGACCACCGGCCCCCUCAUGGCCUCCGGCGGCCUGCUGGUCGCUGGCGCCGCGCACGGCGGCCUGGUCGGCGUCAACUCUGGCAGCAAGAACGAUCUCAGCGCCGCGGAUGCCCGCAACCGCGACGUUGGCUCUGCUCAACACGACGGCACUCAGCAUGGCAACCACAGCGCCGACUACAUUGCUCGCAAGCGUGCCGAGCGCGAGGCUGCUGGGCGAAACCCCGACGAGAGCACUGACGACGAAGACGACGACGGUGUCUAUGUCUCUGUCGGCGAUGAGGCCGACGAAGUUGCCGUCGCCCGCAGGAAGCGAGCACAGUUCUCCGAGGAUACUCUCGACAACGAGGACUCUCGCAAGGACUUUGAGGAGCGAAUGCGCCUUAUCAAGGGCCGUGACUGGCGCCAGACCCUUCGCCGAGUCUACCAGAAGAAGGACGUCUUCCCGUCGCACCCCGAGUCGCUCACCUUCAAUGCCAAGCUGAGCUACUUCAAGAAGCUUAUGGAGGAGGCCAAGGGCAAGUAAACACCUCAGGAAUCGUCGAAGAGAAUAAUUGCAUGAAUGCUUGCUUCUUGCCGAUAGUCCGCACUGUUUUGAAAAAACAAAGUUGUCUUGAUUUUUGUUACUUUCGUUCUUCCUCGUGUGUGUUUUGUCCUUAUUCCUUUUUUUUGCCGUUUACAGAAUUUUUGUUCGCUUGGUGUGUCUUGCUCGCUCGAUGCACUCUUGUUGUUUGUCAUUACAUCCAAAGAAUCAAACCCACAAGUCUAAAUCCGAG